CCCGUCCAGCUCUCCUCCUUGGCCCAAGCCCUCCAACAUAUGCGUCUCCCGUACAAGACCGAGUUCAAAGGCGAAGCCGAACAGGCCGUCGUAGAGCGCAUCCAGCAACGCCGAGGCCCAGCCGGCCUGCAACAGCUUGAUCUGACACUUCUGCACUCGGCGCCGCUUGCAGAUGGCUGGAACGCCUUUCUCGGCGCCAUCCGCGAGCGCACCUCGCUGCCGCCCACGCUCCGCGAAAUCGUCAUCUGCCGCGUCGCCGUGCUGAACCGCGCCUGGUACGAGUGGGAGCACCAUGCCCCGCUGCUGCGCGCCGCCGGCGAAAUCAACGAGGAGGCUAUCCAGCAUAUCCUGACUUCCCCGCCCGCGACCCGCUGCAAGUGGGCUAAUGACGCCCGAGGCCAAGCCUUCACCACCCCCAGCGCCGGCAUUUCUUCCCUGAGGGAUCCGGCCUCCCAGGCGCGGAAGAACAUGGAAGAAAUCCCCGCUGUGCAGAUCGAGCCUAUCCGGACCCAGGGCACCGGCAAGCUGCCUGCAAAGUACCUCGCCGUCAUGUCCUACACUGACGCAAUGACGAAUGAUGUCAGCGUGUCAGACAUUGUCUUUGAGCGUCUGCAGGAGUAUUUCAAUGAACAAGAGAUUGUGGAAAUCACCGCGACUAUCGCGGCGUAUAACUGCGUAAGCCGCUUCUUGGUCGCGUUGGAUGUUGGCGAGAAGAAUGCUCAGCAAGGCCCCGCGUAUCCAGGACCGAACGCACCAGGGUCGUCGAUUAUAUCGCAGCUUCAGUGAUGGUCAAAACGGGGUUUCAUGUUUACAGUCGGAGUCUUUCUACAUUUCACGGUCGGGGUUUUAAGUCGCAAGGGGGUUACUGAGCUUAAGGAAAGCAGGAGUGCGGACAUGUACGUAUGGUUGGGGGUACGUUUAUCUGGAACGCCCCUUGGGUUAACCAAUUCCUGUUCAGUUCG